UUCCCGCACUUCGGUCAGUCAUGUGAACGUCGCUGCCGCGAGUAGACGUCAUUACCCCGCGUCCCGUCACUCGUCCGUCACCGCGCAGUAACAUGUGUCAGUGUGUGGUAUCUGUGGUGCUCACUCUGUGCUUACUUAGGAUACUAAGUGUCUCGUCUGUGUUGGCUUCCCGGGAGGACUUCUUCAACCACAACCGUUAUGUCAUAUCGCCCGACCAACUACUCCCUUAUCAGAACCAAGGAGACGAGAUAGAGAUUUUCGAAGGGGUGAAGCAACGCGACAUGAAAGGGCUGGUAGGGGAGACGAUACAACUGCCGUGUUCCGUGAACACAGAGACCUGCGGGGAUCUACACAGCAUCAAGUGGUAUCGAGGUUCCUCGAGGAUAUAUGUGUUCAGCGAGAUGGCGGGCAUCGCCAGGGCCGAGGGCGACUACAGUGAAAGGGCCGAACUACAGUACACGCCCAACAGCACGGUGUCACACUUACGGGUCAAGGAGCUUGAAGUGGCCGACGAAGCGGUAUACAAGUGUGAAAUCACAUAUCUGGAGGUCCGGGAGGGCUGCCAAGUCGUCCAGUUCAUCAACCUCAUCACCCUCAUCAAGCCCAACUCAGUGUCGCUGUUCCGUACCAGCCUGGCAACGGAGAACCAGCUGAAGAACGCAAGUAAGGUGGGCCCGCUCAGCGAGGAUGACGAGAUGCUUCUCAUCUGCGAGACUGAGGGUGGGAAACCCACCCCAACAGUGCAGUGGUGGAACGGCAGUAGCCAGAUACACGGCGACACGGAAGUAGAAGUUCAGAACGGACAGACUGUGGCGAGGAAGAAGAUAAGGAUCACGAUUAGCAGAGGGGACCUCGGGGCGAGGUACGAGUGCAGAGUUCAGAACGAUGCCCUUGAGACGCCCUUCGUGUCUUAUGUUGACCUUGACGUUUACGUAAGACCACUGUCUCUCUCCCUGAAUCUGACGCUGAAGGAUGACCCGUCCCACCGCGGUAACCAGGUCAAGCAGGGUGACAACGUGCUGCUGCACUGUCACGUCGUUGGAGCCCGGCCGGCCGCUAACGUCACGUGGUACAACGGCACACAGCCCAUCGCCGCCAACAGCCCCAUCCGCGAAAACCAGCGGAGGCUCCCCCAGACAAAAGUGUACAAUGCGUCUGAUGGUACAUUCGACACGACGAGUACGCUAUCGUUCACAGCGACCAGGUUCGAGAACGGCGGAUCGUUGACGUGUGAGGUCACGAAUGACGUAAUGAUGAGCCGCAGCGAAGCACCCAUGAGAGACAAUAUCAAGGUCGAAGUAUUAUAUCCGCCGAUAGUGACCGUGUAUCCCGAGAACAUAACUGUGAACGAGUCCAUGAACAUAACAAUCCUGUGUCACUACGAGGCCAACCCCUCGUCCCUACGCGUAAUCAAAUGGUUGAGGAACGGAAAUGUGGUGAAAAACCCGGCCACUAGUGCUGGGAAUCCGGAGGAUGUUGAUGGACUUGACGGCACGGUGUUCACUGUCAAAAACGCCACGAGGCACCACCACGGCAUCUACACCUGCAUGCUGGAGAACGAAGUGGGUCUCUCGACCUCUUCCAACGAGGCUAACGUCUCCGUUUAUUAUAAACCAAUAGUGAACUUAACAAUAAAUCCUCCUCGAGCUGUCAGCGAGUUAGAGCACCAGAACAUCACACUGCUUUGUGAGGUGAGUUCGGGCUACCCAGACACGUUGUUGGCGGUCCGCUGGUACCUGGACGGCGAGAUGUUGAAGGAACUCCCGGAGUGCGGCUUGUCCAACACGACUCUCUGCGACAUCGAUCCUAGCAAGCUGCUGCUGGAGGAGGUGGAGCGCAGGUUUCACGGCAACUACUCGUGCGCUGGAAUGAACGAGGCGGGCUGGGGACCGAUCUCCCCGGCCACUCCGGUCAUCGUCUACUAUCCGCCCGGAGAGGCUUCUCUAGUGUACUGGCCCAACCAGGUGAGGAAGAAAGGAUCGGUGACUCUGAUGUGCAGCGUGAAGGACGAAGGAAGACCCCCCGGGCCGAUCUAUCGAUGGACGCGGGGAGGUCACCUUAUACAGGAUGUGACGUCGGCCAAUUGGACAAUAGAUCCUGUCACCCUAGAGACUGAAUCUAACUUUACUUGCGUCGCUGAGAACGCUGGUGGACAAAGCGUCCCAGCCACCGUUGCCUUCAAAGUGCUAGCGCCGCCGAACUUCAUCGAUAGGCCACACCCGUAUUUCGGAGCCCGCUGGAACGACCAGUACAUCAACCUCACCUGCCGAGUAGAGUGCAGCCCACUGUGCACCAUCAGUUGGAGCAAGAACGGCCGGCCGAUAGACAAGGCGAUGAAUAACCGCUAUGACAUCCGCGAGGUUGUGGAGCGUGCCAACCCCACGGCCAACAUCUUCGAGUCCGUGCGCUCCACGCUGAUCUGGAACAUGGCGGCUUGGCCGGGCAACCAGCUCGACAGGAUGUCGGACAACGCCAACUAUUCGUGCCACAGCUCAGGCAACAUCGUGGGCUCUGGCGUCAACAGCACCACCACGUUUGGGGUGGAAUAUCCGCCCGAGAACGUGACUGUGACCAACAAGGUCGUGAACGUGACCGAGAACAAUAUCCCGCCACGUGUGUUGUGCAGUGCCAAGGCGUUCCCGGAGGCCUCCUAUAACUGGUCCAGGGAGGGGGAUCCUGAGGUGAUCAGGGGGAACGCUCUCAUACUGAACUUCCCCCUGCAGCGACACAAGGGUGGAAACUACGUUUGCACUGCGUACAACAAGCACGGCAGCAACACGCAGACGACGUUCUUUAACGUGCUUUACAAGCCAGAAUGCGGCAUAACCCAGAGCGAGAUGGGCGGUAAGGUCGUAUUGAUCUGCACAGCGACGGCGAACCCGGCAGAGGUCGAUUUUACUUGGAAAGUGAAAAACGAAAACGAAACAAUAGAGGAGAAUGUGAACAAAGUUGGUCUUCAAAGUUUUUUGACACUGGAAACUAGAGUGGAGAAUGUCAGAACUUACUUGUGCUACGCUAACAACUCCGUGGGAUCUUCUAUCCCGUGUGAGAGGGAUGUUACAGGCAAUAUCGGUUGGUGGCAUCGGUUCGAGAACGAAAACCUGAUGAUACUACUGGCUGUGAUAGCAGGGACCAUUCUGAUGGUCAUCAUAAUAUGCAUCAUAAUCAUCAUAGUGUGCCGCAGGAAAAGGGCUGCUGAUAAAUAUAAUAACCCUGUGGAGUUGGAGGAUAGACAAAACAGCCAAGGCAGGUUCGUUAUGAACCUCUACGAACUGCAUCCGGAAGGCACAGUGGCCCCAGUGCCGCAGGUGACCCCAAAAUGGCCCCUACGACCCGGCGUGUUAGUACACGUCAAUACCAACCACAGCCUAAGCUUGGGGCGACUUCCGCCAGCGGAACCAACGGACCGGAAGCAGCGGAGGUCGACCAGUCUUGCCUCCAUGAUCACGGAAAACCAACACUCCAGGGCCCAUCGAAUAAGAAAUAUGUUCAGUGAUCACAGGAAGUUUGACAACGACACCAUCCCGGGAAUCUACCACGGCAAGUCAGGAGUGAUCACCUUCAAGAAAGUUGACCCCUCGAUGCCCCAAGGUGCCAACAGAAAGCGCAAGAAACCGGGUACAGGCCCAAAUCCAUCGGCUACCAAAGAUAAGUCAGACUUAAACUCGUCCCCCAGCGAUGCCCUCCUACAAACCGACCCCGACAACAAAGCCUUCUACGAGAACCUCCCGUUCCAUGGCAUGCAAAACCCUCCUAACAAGCCGUUCCGUCCCGAGUUUUCGGACCUGGACUACGCCGAUGUGGACUACCGAUCGUACGGUCCCAUUAACUACAAGGCGGCAUCUAUCUAUGCUGCCCAACGGGGACAUCAGCCCGAUGAUGACGAGGAGCUCCUGUGAUCCGACUUCGCAUUUAUCGUGCAUCCACCGUCGUCGCCACCUUUGUUUGCGUCAAGGCACGUCGUUAUGUUCUCCAAAGCAUUUCGUUAGUUUUAUUAAAUCAAGCCAUGUGCCUUCGUAAUGGAUUAUUUGUUUAGGUCAGAAAUACAUCGCGUUAGGUCAGAUUCGGUGUAGAUUUGUUACAGUGGUUUCGCGUUUUUUGUAAAAACUCCACAAUACUUAGUUUCACUUGGUGUUGUAGUUCUGGGUUCAUCAGUGAACGUGCAUUUUACUCGUAACUGAUUUCUAGUCAUUUAAAAUUAUCUUUAUAUACGUCACAGAUCGUUAGUGAUAUUAACUGGACUAACUCGUUUACGUAUUAUAUUUCGUACGUUUUAAUACUGUUUGGUGUGUAUUAAUGCUCUGAGUAUUUACUGUAUAUCGAUGUAACAGUAUGUUUGUUGCGUUUCUGCUUUUCUAUAUACAGUUUUAUAUUAUUUUUAUUUGACUGACAAACAGACCGUGUAAAGAUUAACAAAUAGACAACCAAAGUAGUCUUAGAAGAUUUAGGUGUAGUACGACGACUUAAAAGGUACAGCCUUGAAAAUGUAGUGUAGCUUUAAUUUAUCUUCUCAUGUUUAAGUUUUCCCUUGUACAAAGAAUGUUCUGUUUUUCAUAUGGAGUGCUGAAAUACUCAUAUGUCGUGCUGGUCGGCUGUAGAGUGUCGUUCCCCACUAUCUAAGUUUCUAAUGUCUCUCUUUCUCUCUCUAUCGAGUAUGUGGACUCACAAUCGUGUGCUAAGCCCCGCCUUCUCUGUACAUACAGUGGUGCAACAGACAGAAACUUCUAACCCGUUGUGCGCUUGCGUCGCGAGGUGCUCUUGGUGCAAACUCUACUUCGAACUGAACUGAACUGAUUUUUCUAUUGUCCCGGAACAAAUAACUCUGUUUGUAAUUAGUCCAUACUAAUAAGUCCAAUGUGUGUAUAAUUGUACAGUGUGUUAUAUGAUGAUGAGAAUGUUUUUUAAAAAAAUAUAAAAUAUAGUGAUGUAUUUUGUACAUAAUGAAGAGACGAUUGUUAGGGUCAUACAGAAGGGAUGUUUCUUUGUGGUCGGAUGUUGUUAUACUGGAUGUGUACAUUUGGAAUAGGGUGGCUGUAAAAAGUUCGUGUCCAGGUGGAUAAUGUGUGGAUACGUCCUAGAGAACGUUUUCACUGUUGGAAUAAAUAAUUGAAAGAA